AUGAAGGUAAAAGGUCGCAAGAAGAAUGUGGUUGUUGCAUCCCAAAAAAGUUCAAACAGAAAAGUUGAUAGUGGAGUCAAAAUUAAAGACCCGGUUGUUCCAUCCCAACAAGGUUCAACAACAAAAGAAGCUAGUAGUGUUCAAAGAAAAGUUGGUGGUGCGGUUGGUAUUAAGCAAUUAGCGAGAAGCCGAGGUCCGAUGAAAUCACCCCCUAUAGAUGAGGAAGGUAAUUAUAUCCGACCUACUUACACCAUAUACAAAAAUUACAUGCACUUUUUACCAUAUUUUAUUCAUGAGUAUGUCAAGUCCACCGAUGAUGUUGAGGGCGACGGAAAUUGUGGUUACCAUGUGUUUGUAGAUCAACUUGGACCUUUUGAGGAGGCAAAAGAAUGUGGUGACGACCAAAUUAUUUAUGUAAGGCAAAAGUGUUUGCUUGAACUACGUAGUUUCCCCGAUUUUUACAAGCCAAUGAAGAGAUUCGAAAGAGAUGACACGGAGGCGGUGCUAAAUGAGGAGUUCAAAGCAUUCGAAUUGCGUUUAAUGGGCAACAUUACAUUGACAAGUGAAUAUUGGAUGAGAAUGUCAAUAUGUGGCUAUCUACUCGCCAAUGCAUUCUAUUGCGUUAUUCAUUACAUCUCUUAUUCACAUAGUGUUACAUACGCACCAACAAGAUUUAUUUUUACUGAAGAAGAAUCACCAAAGAUAGUCAUCAUGGGGUUUGUGAACAUGAACCAUUAUAUUGGCCUCCAAUUGAAAGAUGGAUUCCCAUUACCUCCAUUAAGGAAGGGAGACGGUGGUGACCGCGAAAUUCCAUUGGGUUGGUGUCAUAGGUUCGAGGAAAGAUUUCAAUUGUUGGAUGCAUUACAGAUUUCGAGGGAUGGCCCUUGCUUACUAAUGACUUCCGAUGAGGAUGACUAUGAGUAA